AGAUGUUUAAGACAAGAUUUCCCCCACCACUUUCUUCACUCCUUUUUACUCCAAAAAGGAAAUUCUUUUAAUAAUUAAAAAUAUAAAUAAAAACCACCCUGCCCCUGCCCCUGCCCCUGCCUGUAGUAAGUAAGGUGCAGCAGCAGGAGCAACAUCAGCUGCAGGAGGAGAAGGGGAUCGGAACCCAAUGAAACAAAUGGGUUUCUGUUUCUCAUUAGCAUUACUACCAUCUCCUCCCACCUUUCUACUUCUACUUCUUCUCUUCCUCGGUCAUUUCCACCGUACAAAUGCUCAAUUUUCCAACAAUAACAACACCCUUUCCUCCCUCGCUGCCCGAAAAUGCAACCUCUACCAGGGCAAAUGGGUUUUCGACUCUUCUUACCCUCUCUACGACUCUUCCACUUGCCCCUUUGUAGAUCCACAGUUUAAUUGCCAAAAGUACGGCCGUCCUGACAAGUCCUACCUCAAAUAUCGCUGGCAGCCCUUCGCCUGUGGAAUUCCCAGGUUUAAUGGGUUGAAUUUUUUGGAGAAAUGGAGAGGGAAGAAGAUAAUGUUUGUGGGAGAUUCAUUGAGCUUAAACCAAUGGGAAUCAUUGGCUUGUAUGAUUCAUGCUUCCGUUCCUAAUUCCAAGACCUCGUUUGUUAGAAGAGAGGGUCUUUCUUCUGUUACUUUUCAGGAUUACGGAGUAGAGCUAUGGCUAUACAGAACCCCGUACCUAGUGGACAUGGUGAACGAGAAGAUCGGCACAGUUCUAAAACUUGACUCUAUAAAGAGCGGAAACGCAUGGAGAGGAAUGGACAUGCUCAUCUUCAACACUUGGCAUUGGUGGACUCACACCGGAAGUUCUCAACCAUGGGAUUACAUUCAAGACGGAAACAGAGUCGUGAAAGACAUGAAUCGUUACGUAGCCUAUUACAAAGGACUCACUACAUGGGCUAGAUGGGUUAAUCUCAACGUCGAUCCUUCCAGAACCACCGUCUUCUUCCUCGGAAUCUCCCCCACCCAUUACAUUGGCAGAGACUGGAGCCAGCCUACAAAAUCAUGCUCCGGUGAAACAGAGCCUUACUUCGGAGGGAGGUAUCCGGCCGGAACGCCUAUGGCUUGGGUGGUUGUUAAUAAGGUUCUGAGGAGGAUUAAGAAGCCGGUGGUGUUUCUGGAUGUGACCACUUUGUCCCAGUAUCGGAAGGACGGUCAUCCGUCGGCGUACAGCGGGGAACACUCCGGUACCGAUUGUAGUCAUUGGUGUCUUCCUGGGUUGCCGGAUACUUGGAAUGAGCUGUUGUAUGCACAUCUCUUUGGAUGAGAGUUUGUUUAACAGAUUCACAGAUUUGCCUUUGUUUCUUUUUUUUUUUUUUUUUUUUUUUUUUUUUUUUUUUAAAUUUUAUUUUAAUGAGUAGGGAAGAAGGAAGAAUAAGGAUUAUAAAUUAAUUUGGUGUCCAUUAAUUUAAUUUGUAAUUGUAAAUUGAAUUGUUGUUUGUUUUA